AACGGCAAGUCCGGUAAACUGAAGCGAGUCCGCGGGUUCGGCGGCCCGAAGCUCACCGCUGGUCAGCACAACACUCACCAUCACAGCGACGACGAUCUUCAUCACAGCGAUGGCGUGGAUGUAGUGGACGGUGCAGUGGGUGGUGGACACCAUCCCGUGUCCGCACAACAUAUACCGCCGUUUGAAGCGCUGGUCGGCGCCGCCAGUUAUGUGGCCGCCGCUGCCGGUCGUGAUCAUCAUUUGCCCCCAUUUGAGGCAAACAUGAAUUUGUUAAACAACAACGCCUUCAAUAAGCUUUUCAAUGACUCGUCGUUUAACGAGAGGUUAUUGUUUGGCAGCUCCGGGAGUGGUGGCAGCGGUGAUGAGGAGUUUCAGUGCCCGUCAGAAAUACUAGACCUGACGCUAACCGUGGGAUCCGAUAAACAGAAACGCCGGUCGAUAUCGAUUGAGGACAAGAUCGAGAUCAUCAAAGACAUCGACGCCGGUAUGAAACGGCUGGAUGUGCUCCAGAAGUACUCGUUGGCCGACUAUUCAAACCUCAACACAAUACUGAAAAAUCGGGACAAAUAUAUGGCCAAUGAGUCUAACGUUAAGCGCAAACGUAUGCGCGAAGGAAAGUAUGGCGAUGUGGAGGAAGAGUUGACCCGUCGUGUGGACCAGUGCCUAAUGGCCGGCAUAUCGAUCACCGGUUCGUUAUUGCAAGACAUCGCCAAAGAAGUGGCCAAAAGUCUCAAUGUGUUGGACUUUAAGGCCAGCAACGGAUGGCUAAACAGGUAUAAGAAGCGUCGGCUGUUGUGGCUGUCGGCCAACUCGGCCGCAGCGGUGGCCGCGGCCGCCACCCAGUGCUUCCAGUGAUGGCCUCGAAAUCUAUGUGAAUUAAUUAAUGACAUUUUUUAUUCAGAUUAUCCCAAAUGACAAAUUGAUAUAAACCUCAAAAGUAUAACUUAAUUAUAUAAUGCACUCAAUUAUUAAUGAUUUAUAAAAUCAGUUUUUUGUUUGUUUUUAUUUCCAAAAAUAAGUUUAAAACUCUUGUUUUAUUUGUUUUGUUUUAUUAUUUUUUUCCUCAAUUGCUUUUCGUUUAAUUUUAUUAUUUAUUUAAUUAUUUGUGAAUUUUGUUUUUAUUAUUUUAGUCUUACUUCCCUAUCAAUCAUCCCGUCCUCUCUCUCUCUCUCUCUCUUUCUCUCUC